AUGAUGUAUAACAACAGUUCGUCUGAAGAUGCUUCAGAUUUUGAAGAUGAAGAUUUUGAUCAAUUGACUUUAAUGAUCGCAUUUCCUAGAAAUCCGAGAAUCUUCAGACAUCGAAAACAUCAUUUUACCUAUUGGAGAGAUGAUGAAUUCUUCAACAGAUUUCGAUUAUCGAAAAAUACAGUUCGCUUUAUUGUCGAUCUAAUAGGUGAUCGCAUAUGUUCCCGUACCGAUUGGAAUAAUGCUGUGAGUCCAGAAGAUAAGGUGCUCCUAACACUGAGGUAUUAUGCAACAGGAUCAAUGUUAAUUGUAUGUGGAGAUUUCAUUGGCAUUCAUAAAUCGACUGCAAGUCGUAUUGUGAAACUUGUUUCACAUAACAUUGCUAUAUUACGUCCUCAGUUUGUCAAUUUUCCCAACAAUGAAAAUGAUUUAAAAAAAGUCAAACAAGAUUUCUACAACAUAGCUAAAUUUCCAACGGUUAUUGGUGCAUUAGACUGUACCCAUGUCAAGAUUAAAUCACCUGGAGGAGAUAAUGCAGAAGUAUAUAGAAAUAGAAAGAAUUUUUUCUCAAUCAAUGUACAGACAAUUUGUGAUGCAAACUUAAAAAUUCAAGACAUAGUAGCUCGAUGGCCUGGUUCAUCUCACGAUUCUACUAUUUUCAAUAAUUCAGAAAUACGAAGGAAACUAGAAAUUGGCGAAAUGAGGGACUGCGUUUUAGUUGCUGAUAGUGGCUAUGCACAACGUAACUAUGUUAUGACUUUGGUUGGAAACCCUAACACAGUUAUUGAUCCAGCCUCUGGUAUUUAUGAAGAAGCUGUAGCUAAAUAUAACGAGUCAUUAAUUAGGACUAGAAAUACUGUUGAGAGAAGUUACGGUGUUUGGAAACGUCGGUUUCCAAUAUUAGCUACAGGAAUAAAUGUAAAAAUUACUUCAUCACAAAGUAUUAUUGUUGCUACAGCAGUAUUACAUAAUAUAGCCUGCAAUUUUGGAGAAAGCGUGCCUAGAGUUACAACCGAAAUAGAAUCGUUAAUUUUAAUAACAGAAUUUAAUAACCCAGGCGAAGGUAUAGGCAGGAAUGCAGCCAACAUUACAAGAAACAAGUUCCUUCGCUAUUUUAACAACUUAAUUUGA